CAGUUUUCCAGAAAGCAGACCAGGAAGUGAGAACACACCGGGACAAACACUAGAAGAGGCAGAUUAAAGUUCCUUAUUUGAAAAGAUGGAGAAGUCAUUGACUGAUAGGAGAGAUGAGCCACAGACAGAUUACAUCUACUGUUGUCGUGGCAUCACCGAAGUUCUCAAAUAUGGUCCUUGUCAUUUACACUCUGGACACAAAGUGCUUUUUCUCAUCAUUCCAGGUAACCCAGGUGUAGUGGGCUUCUACAAAACCUUCAUGCAAACACUUCAUCAGCUGAUUGGCUAUCGUCACCCGGUGUGGGCUAUAAGCCAUUCUGGCCACUGUGCACCCCCUGACUACAUGGACAUGGUGGAAGAUACCUCCGCGCUGACAGACGGUGAUGUGUUUGGUCUGAAUACACAGAUUGAACACAAGCUGGACUUUCUCAGAAAACAUGUUCCCAGGGAAACGAGCCUGGUCCUGGUGGGACACUCCAUUGGCUGCUACAUUAUUUUGGAGAUGAUGAAGAGAGAUCCUGAACUCAAGAUUUUGAAGGCUGUUAUGCUGUUUCCCACCAUUGAGCGAAUGGCCCAGAGUCCACAGGGCAAGAUCAUGACCCCUCUGCUGUGUCACUUGCGUUAUGUGGCUUAUUUGCCCAUUUUCUUGCUUUCUCUGUUGCCUGAAGUACUCAAAACCUCCCUCAUCAAGUUAAUCUUUGGUAGACUUCCCUCCUUUGACCACAGUAUUGUCCAGGCGACUGUUGGUCUUCUCAGCGGGGACUGUGCAGUCAAUGGUAUGUAUAUGGGGGCUCAGGAAAUGCGAAAGGUCCUGCUCAGAGACAACCACACUAUCAGGAAAACUUGAAAAAGCUUACAUUUUAUUAUGGAGCCACAGAUCACUGGUGUCCUGUGCAGUAUUAUUAUGACAUCAAACGCGACUUCCCAGAAGGGGAUUUCAGACUGUGUAAAAAUGGGAUUCGGCAUGCUUUUGUCCUGGAUGCAGGAAGAGAAGUUGCUAAAAUGGUGGUGGAAUGGAUCCAUCUUGAUGUUGGGACAUGACUUGUCUGUCCUCUGACAGAUGGGGAUACAUGGUUACCAGUACAUAUACCAGCGCUGAUACUGGUGGUGUUCUGUUGACCAGAUGUAACCAACCUUUAUUUCCAGUCUCUAAUAAUUAUACCAAUAUGCUUGAUUCAUUUACGAAGUAGACUAAUCUGAAGGCAGUGUCAGGAUUUUACUGUUAAAAUUAAAACUUGGACCCUACACGUGCACUCGGUUUUUGUGAACUACCUCCUCCAAACGGAUUUACCACACAGUACCAUACUGUUUGUAUUUCUUAAAGAUUGAUGGAAAUGACAUCCAAGACAUAUUCAAUGAAUUGGAAAUGUUCAUGUAUCCACCCCCUGACUUGUUUGAAGAAAAGUGGCUGUAAAAGUGAUGAUUUACUGUAAAUUCAAAGGGUGACAAUAACUGUCUGUCUCCACCAUACACUUUAUGUCAGGAUUUUUUGUUUUUUGUAUGUUUUGUUCUUGUUGCCAAAUAACUUGGUGACAUGGUGGAUGGCCGAGGCGACCCAACACAUUCCACAACGACAGCCGGAAGUGCUGUUGCCGGUGGCAGGGAUAUGGGAUAUAAGUUCUUGGACUCUGUUAGCUUGACCUUAAAUUGGACUUUGCGCUAUCAUGCAGUUUAACUGCUUGUCAAUUUGGCCCAAGCAGUGUAUCACCCCUCUCAGCCUUUUCUGCUUGAGGCUUCUUUCUCAAGAACGCCUGUUGCCUAUGUGCUUGCUCAGGGGGGGUUGGUAAGGUUAGAGCUUACUUAUGUAAAAUGCAUUAAUGCAGCUUUAUUGUGAUUUGGUGCUAUAUAAAUAAAUUGAAUUGGCAUUUUUUUUUUAAAAAUUUUGAUUAAACAAAAUUGCUUUUUUUUGUUUAAUUCUGUAAUUCUGGCCACUAUAUAGGGGCAAUUUUGUCCAAGAAUGUAUGUGCAUGUUAUCUUUCGGACAAGGAAACCCACAUGUAACCAAAAGAGAGCGAAAAAAGAUAAACGCAUAUAAAAACAAUUACGUAGAGAAAUACCCAUAUUAAAGUAAAAUACAUCUUUACAAUAGUGCAGUAAACAUGCAUUCAUCCUUGUAGGUUCCAGUGUUUGUCUGAAGUUAAUUUUCUGUAAAGUGGAAUAAAAUGCUAAGAUGUGUAAGGAUGUUAACUUUUGUACCACUGAACACCAACUCUAUAAUCAAGGUGUAAUUGUUGUAAUGACUUACUCCAUUAAUGAAAUGAUCCCAAUUUCAGUGAAUUUGCAACAUUUUUAAUGAUGUUUAGAAAUUUGUGACAUCAGGUGGUAAAAUUGGUAAAAUUUUGGGGUGUUACAUUUGUGUUAAAAGUGAACAAGUUGUGUAGGUGCAUCCGUACACCGCUCUGUGUUUUAGCACUUCACCACACAGAUGAAAGACUUCUGGCUUUAAUUACUGCAAGAAGAAAACAUUUCUGAUAGCACAAAAUAUAAUUUAAAUCACAUUUUAUAUAUUUAUUGAUAGUUAAUUGAAAAGAAAUAAUGAACACAAAUUUUGACAUGUCCCAAUUAAAAGUAGUUGUUCAUACUACAAAAUAAUACUUGAAAGUGUUUCUUGUGUAUGUUGCUGUAAUCUUUGUGUCAUUAAUCACAUUGUAAUUUUUUAUGUGCAUUGUAACAUUCACCUGUGAAUGAAAUAAAAUCAAAUUUAGUGUGGCGGUUGACUUUAGGUACAGGAAGAGCUGAUAAGACUUUGAGGCUUAUGCAAUUCAAGCAACAUUUUGCAUUACUAUUUUUAGAAUAUGUAAUUGUAAACUUUGGUGGAAAUAUUACACUUCCAAAUAUAACGGGUUUACCGCACAGUACAUACUGUGUUAUUUCUUAAUGAUUGAUGUAAAUGAAGUCCAAUACACACUCAGUGACUUGGAAAUGUCGAGAAUGUGGAAAGUGGUUGUAAAUGUGAUGGUUUGUUUUGACAGUAAUCUUUAUUUCUAGUUUGUCCAAUUAGUGCAGCAGAUAAGUGGAAAAAUAUUUCAAAUGGUGAUACAAGCAGCAAAAUUUGUACAGAUAUGCUUUAGGGGCCAUUCUACUGGCCAAUCAAAAUUCUUAAAUGGCUGCCAUUUUUCAAGAUGGCCACCUGUUUUUGCUCAAAAAUCUGUAUUACAGAAUUUUGUUCACUGAGCCAAAUUUGAUGAGUAAGGUUGGUUGUGUGACAAAUUAGGCACAAAAUACAUGAUUUGCAAACAAACCUUUAUUACUAAAUACUAGUGAAGUAGCUCAACAUUAACUUUAUCAAUAGAAAAGUAUGUCCACCUUACUGUAUAUUUUUAAAACUUCUGUGUUUCCACUCAUCAAAUAAUUAUUAAUUAUUGAUCUGCUAAUAGGCCUAAAUAUCUGCUCACAUAACAUCUGAACUAAGGUUGGGUAGGAUUACUUUGAAAGAAUACAUGUGGAUUACAUGUAUGUAUGUACAUACAUUUGGUAAAAGUAAUUCUACCCAACCCUGAUCUUAACACUCCAUAUAGCCAGUUUUUAAAACAACUCUGAAUACAUAAUGAAAUAUCUGUUGCUACCAAGACGGUAACAUUUGCACUUUCCACGACAUUCCAACUUGCACCCACACUUGGUCAACUGUUGACAACUCUCUGCAAUAGGUGGAAGGUCUGUCCAGAAGACUUGCCGCAGAUCACCUUUCUUUGUCAGCCCCAGUCAGCAGGACUUGUUUCUGGCUGGCACAGUGUUGACUGGCUCCAUAUGCAGUCUGCUUUUUUAUUUAGAUUGUACUGAAUCUGAACAUGCCAUUUUGUUGUAAUAUCAACAUAGAAAGGUUGAGGGAUUAUCCUUUUACCACCUUUAACACAGUAUGAUAAUGCGCAUUCAUGUAUGGGAUACAACUAGGUUUGGACAUCCAACUGGCCUACACCUAGCCCAAUCGUUCAUCCAGUGCCAUUUAAGUCCUUUGCAGUCUGUACACCAUCCAGGUAACUGAAACCCUGUUACCCUUGGCUUGGCUCUCCCGCGCUGGCACAUCCUGUCCAUUCAGGUCCGGCUAUCUAACUAUAUCUAACUAAUAUACUAUAGCUAUAUAUUUGGGACUCAUUAGAUAGCAUUUGGGACACUAAACUACAACUACACUACAGCUACUGUGGUGAGCAAUUAUUAGUUAGGUGACACUGAACCCUGUGCUGAGUCUUACAGCAGUGAUGUCGCCAGUGUGCCCUGGUUGUGCCUUGACAUCCACUCUGUUAUUUUGGUUAUGUGAUUGCAUCCAUUUUUCAGUCGGACAAACUCCAUCAGAAAGACUCUGUGCUACCCUCACUUAGGGUAACACAGUGAGUCUGUUACAACCCAGUACCGGCCAAUAUGCGGUACUGGGUUGUGGUUGUUUCUGUGCACAAACAACUUCUUGGAACCAUAGGUUAGAGUUGGGUAGGAAUUCAUGGGUGAUGCUUUAACUACGGGCACUAUUGGCCUUGUAAAUGUAAUUUCCACCACACCAUUGCCUUACAAUAUAAAGCGCCUUGGGGCAACUGUUUGUUGUGAUUUGGCGCUAUACGAGGUCUAUUAGAAACGUA